AUGGAGCAACGCGGGCUGGGGAUGCUGCGGCUACCCGGGCUGCUGGCGGCACUGGGGAUGCUGGUAGGGCAGGCGGCGCUCGGGAUGCAGCGGGAGCGGACCACGCCCCUCUCAUAUUGGCGGGACCUGAAUCUUUGGCCCCUGCCUCUCUCCGUGAAGACGACCCCGCGUUUGCUGUACCUAUCUCCCGGAAACUUCUUCUUCGGGCACAGCCCCACUUCCAAGGCCGGCCCCUCCUGCGAAGUCCUGCAGGAAGCGUUUCGGCGAUAUUAUGACUAUAUUUUUGGUUUCUACAAGUGGCCUCUUGGCUCUGAUAAAGUUCCAAGUGCAAUGGAGUUACAGAAACUUGAAGUCUCAGUUAUCAUGAACCCACAAUGUGACAGUUUCCCCAACAUCACUUCGGAUGAGUCUUAUAAUUUACUUGUGAAAGGACCAGUGGCUACACUGACUGCCAACAGAGUUUGGGGAGUAUUACGAGGUUUAGAGACCUUUAGCCAGUUGAUUUAUCAAGAUUCUUAUGGGACUUUCAUUGCCAAUGAAUCCAACAUUGUAGAUUCUCCAAGGUUUCCUCAUAGAGGAAUUUUAAUUGAUACCUCUAGACACUUUCUGCCCGUUAAGACUAUUUUGAAAACUCUGGAUGCCAUGGCUUUUAAUAAGUUUAAUGUUCUCCACUGGCACAUCGUGGAUGACCAGUCUUUCCCUUAUCAGAGCACCACUUUUCCUGAAUUAAGCAAUAAAGGAAGCUAUUCUUUGUCUCAUGUUUAUACACCAAACGAUGUCCGUACAGUGAUUGAAUAUGCCCAAUUACGAGGGAUUCGAGUCCUGCCAGAAUUUGAUAGCCCUGGACAUACGGCGUCUUGGGGAAAAGGCCAGAAGGACGUCCUGACUCCAUGUUAUCAUGCCAGAGAGCCAUCUGGGACCUUUGGACCCAUAAACCCGAUUUUGAAUUCAACGUACAGCUUCCUGUCUCAGCUUUUCAAGGAAAUUAGUGCUGUGUUUCCAGAUGAGUUCAUUCAUCUGGGAGGAGAUGAAGUAAAUUUUGAUUGUUGGGAGUCCAAUCUAGCAGUCCAGCAUUUCAUGAGGAACAAAGGCUUUGGCAAAAAAAUUGAGAAACUGGAAUCUUUCUAUAUGCAGAGGGUUUUGGAUAUGAUUUCAGCCAUGAACAAGAGAUCCAUAGUCUGGCAAGAGGUUUAUGAUGAUGAAGUCAAGCUUACACAAGGCACAGUAGUUCAAAUAUGGAAAAUGGGAAACCUUCGUAUGAAACUAAGUAAAGUUACAGCAGCUGGCUUCCCUGUGAUCAUUUCUGCUCCCUGGUACUUAGAUGUGAUCAAUUAUGGGGAAGACUGGAAACAGUACUACUCUGUGGAGCCUCUUCGCUUUGCAGGUACUCGGGAACAGAAACAGCUUGUCAUUGGUGGAGAAGCCUGCCUGUGGGGAGAGUAUGUGGAUGCAACCAACCUUACUCCAAGAUUAUGGCCUCGGGCGAGUGCUGUUGGUGAGAGACUCUGGAGUCACCAAGAAGUCACAGACCUAGAGGAUGCCUACAGGAGACUAACAAGACACCGCUGCAGAAUGGUCAAACGAGGAAUAGCUGCACAACCUCUCUUUACUGGCUAUUGUGACCAUGAGGGCAGAAUAUAA